AACGAACGCAGUACAGGCAAUGUGAUUGAACUGCUGUGUGCUGUACAAGACAGCAUCGUUGCAUGUCACAUGACCACCUCAUGGUAGGCUGUCAUGGAUAGUUCAUUCAAAAGGCUGUCGUGGGAAGAAGUUGAUGACAGCCGUCGAAAUACUGUCGUGAGGCGGUACAUUUGGUAAGCCUGCUCAAACCAAACUAUCUGCUCAGCAGAAAAUUGUGUAUCAAUCCGUCUGCCGCAAAAUAAAUCCGUAAAAAUUGUAAAAUUGGUGUGAAAUACAAUUAAAUUUUACUCGGUUGUUUGAUUAUUCUCCCCCGCAACCAUGUCCCGAGGAAGUAGCGCCGGUUUCGAUCGUCACAUUACGAUUUUCUCCCCGGAAGGUCGCCUCUAUCAAGUUGAAUACGCCUUCAAGGCAAUCAAUCAGGAGGGUCUGACGUCGAUUGCUCUCAAGGGAAAAGAUGUGGCAGUGGUGGCUACCCAGAAGAAAAUCCCCGACAAGCUGAUCGAUCCGACCACGGUGACCCAUUUGUACCGUCUUACGAAGAACAUCGGAUGCGUGAUGACUGGCCGGAUCGCGGACUCGAAGUCUCAGGUGCAGAGGGCCCGUUACGAGGCGGCCAACUGGCGCUACAAGUACGGCUACGACAUGCCGGUCGAUGUGCUCUGCCGGAGGAUGGCCGACAUUUCGCAGGUGUACACACAGAACGCCGAAAUGAGACCGCUCGGGUGCAGCAUGGUUCUGAUUGCGUACGACGAUGAAAACGGCCCCUGUGUGUACAAAACCGAUCCGGCCGGGUACUACUGCGGCUACCGGGCCAUUUCCGUCGGUGUCAAGCAAACCGAGGCCAACAGUUAUCUGGAGAAGAAGCUGAAGAAGAAGACCGACUUCAACGAGAAGGAAGCCAUCCAGAUGGCCAUCACCUGUCUGUCCACCGUGCUGGCCGUGGACUUCAAACCGUCGGAGAUCGAACUGGGCGUAGUUAGCAAGGAUAAUCCCGAGUUCCGGACACUCACCGAGGACGAAAUCGAAGUUCAUCUGAACGCAAUCGCCGAGAGGGAAUAAUCAUUCACACACGUUUUACGUACCGUCUUCAAUUAUUCAGUUUAUUCUCCAAUUCAAUGGGAUGGAAAUACACAUUUAUUAAAAGUA